UCCUCCAGCUCUGCCAGGGGCGCUCGCGGCCCCGCGCCGAGCUGCCCGUCCCGGCAGGAGGGGCCAACAGCUCUGCCGCCAUUGCUGAGUCUGGGAGGACUGGGUGGCUCUGCCACGGCCUUUGUCCUGCUGCGACCUGCAGGUACUGGAAGAUCUGUGUGUAGGAUGGCAGGACACGCCGGAAGCCAGGAGCUGGUACUGUUGACAUUCAGGGAUGUGAUGAUAGAAUUUUCCCCGGAAGAGUGGGCAUGCCUGAAUGCUGCUCAGCAGAAUUUAUAUAGGGAUGUGAUGUUAGAGAACUACAGAAACCUGUUCUCCCUGGGUCUUGCUGCCUCUAAGCCAGAUCUGAUCAUCUGUCUUGAGCAAAAACAAGAGCCUUGGAAUAUGAAGAGACAUGAGGAAGUAACAGAACGCCCAGCUAUGUCUUCUCAUUCCACCCAAGACCAUCUUCCAGAGCAAGGCUUCAAUGUUUCAUUUCAAAACAUGGGACUAAGAAGAUAUGGAAGUGAUGACCUAGAAAAUUUAAAAUUAAUGAAUGAUUGGAAAAGUGUUGCUAAGUGUAAGGAGCAGAGAGGAUGUUACAAUGGAAAGUGUUGCUUAAACCUUACUGUACAUAAGAGAAAUCAUACUGGAGAGAAACUCUACAAUUGUGAAGAAUGUGGCAAAGCUUUUAAGUGGUGCUCACAACUUACUACACAUAAGAGAAAUCAUACUGGAGAGAAACCCUACAGAUGUGAAGACUGUGGCAAAGCUUUUAAGUGCUGCUCACAACUUACUGUACAUAAGAGAAAUCAUAGUGGAGAGAAACCCUACAAUUGUGAAGAAUGUGGCAAAGCUUUUAAGUGGUACUCACAACUUACUGCACAUAAGAGAAAUCAUACUGGAGAGAAACCCUACAAAUGUGAAGACUGUGGCAAAACUUUUAAGUGCUGCUCACAACUUACUGUACAUAAGAGAAAUCACACUGGAGAGAAACCCUACAAAUGUGGAGAAUGUGGCAAAGCUUUUAAGUGGUGCUCACACCUUACUGCACAUAAGAGAAAUCAUACUGGAGAGAAACCCUACAAAUGUGAAGACUGUGGCAAAGCCUUUAAGUGGUGCUCACACCUUACUGCACAUAAGAGAAAUCAUACUGGAGAGAAACCCUACAAAUGUGAAGAAUGUGGCAAAGCUUUUCAGUGGUGUUCAUCCCUUUCUAUACAUAAGAGAAUUCAUAUAGGAGAGAAACCCUAUAAAUGUGAAGAAUGUGGCAAAGCUUUUAAGUGGUGCACAUACCUUACUAUACAUAAGAGAAUUCAUACUGGAGAGAAACCCUACAGAUGUGACAAAUGUGGCAAAACAUUUUUGUGGCACUCAAACCUUACUGCACAUAAGGGAAUUCAUAUUGGAGAGAAACCCUACCGAUGUGAAGAAUGUGGCAAAGCUUUUAAGUGUUGUUCACACCUUGCUGCACAUAAGAGAAAUCAUACUGGAGAGAAACCCUACAAUUGUGACGAAUGUGGAAAAGUUUUUAACUGGUGCUCAUCACUUGCUAGACAUAAGAGAAUUCAUACUGGAGAGAAACCCUACAAAUGUGAAGAAUGUGGAAAGGCUUUUAACUGGCACUCAGACCUUUCUAAACAUAAGAGAAUUCAUACUGGAGAGAAACCCUAUAAAUGUGAAGAAUGUGGCAAAGCUUUUAAGUGCUGCUCACAACUUACUGCACAUAAGAGAAUUCAUACUGGAGAGAAACCCUACAAUUGUGAAGAAUGUGGCAAAGCUUUUAACUGGGGCACAAACCUUACUAAACAUAAGAGAGUUCAUACUGGAGAGAAACCCUACAAAUGUGGAGAAUGUGGCAAAGCUUUUAAGUGCAGCUCACAACUUACUGCACAUAAGAGAAUUCAUACUGGAGAGAAACCCUACAAAUGUGACAAAUGUGGCAAAGCUUUUAACUGGUCCACACACCUUACUAAACAUAAGAGAAUUCAUACUAGAGAGAAACUCCACAAAUGCGACAAAGUUUUUAUGUGGCACUGACACCGUACCCCACAUAAGGAAAUUCAUACUGGAGAGAAACCUGACGAAUGUUACGAAACCAUUAUCCAGUACUCAUGACUGUAUAUACAU